CUCGUUCGGAUAUCUUGUCGGCUGCUAGAGCAACAGAUGGCGGCGCAACGAGCGCUAGCAAAAGACGCAGCGAAGACGAAACAAGCUAACGCACGCACAAACGCUGGUUGGAAACACGGCAACAUGAAGAUGGCUGACAGUGCGGGUGUUCUUCGGCGGAAUCGACCGGGAACAAAAGCCGAGAAUUUUUCAAGCUGGCCCGAUGAGCCGUUUGACGAAAUGGACAGCACGCUCGCCGUUCAGCAGUUCAUCCAGCAGGCGAUCCGCAAAGACCCGACGAAUGUCGAUGAAAUAUUGACGCCUCCCGAUGGCCAGGACGAGGGAGUGUGGAAGUACGAACAUCUAAGGCAGUUCUGCAUGGAGCUAAAUGGUCUUGCAGUCAGGCUGCAGGUAUGUGAGGCUGAAUGCAACGCAGAUAGCUGCACCCAAAUGACGGCCACGGAACAGUGGAUCUUUCUUUGCGCUGCCCACAAGACGCCCAAGGAGUGUCCAGCCAUUGACUACACGCGACACACCCUUGAUGGAGCUGCAUGUCUCCUGAACAGCAACAAGUACUUUCCAAGCCGAGUUAGCAUCAAGGAAUCCUCGGUAGCGAAGCUAGGUUCUGUGUGCCGAAGAGUGUACCGGAUAUUUUCUCAUGCGUACUACCAUCAUAGAACCACUUUCGAUGAAUUUGAGAAGCAGACAUGCCUGUGCCGCCGUUUCACCACGUUCGUGACCAAGUACAGCCUGAUGUCCAAGGACAAUCUCAUCGUUCCCAUCCUUGACGAAGAACUCACCGCUGGAGAGAGUGAAGCCUGAGAAGUCUUGCCAAAAAGAUGGAGCCGAAUCCGCACUGCAAUGUCGCCACUCGGCAGAUGUCCUCUUCUGUUGACGGCGCCGCUGGUCGCCCAUAGUCUGUCGCUGUGCAUUUCUCCCAGUAGCAUUGUUUCAGCGUUUCACUUCUGCGUGUUCCAUCCACUCUGCCCACACUGGCAUGAACUAUUGUCGACCGUGGUCAUGGUGGUGUCGUGUACAUGCGCUCUAGAAAAUGUUGCUUUAAAUUCACACAUCAAUGCGCAACACCGUGGUGUGUUACCUCUGUUAUUAUGUAUUGAAUGCCUUGCCGCACUUUGGCGCUGUGCCAGUUCCAGAUGUAUUGGUUGGCGGGUAACGUCCAUUGAGCAGCAGCGCUUAUCGUCACUCCGAGCUAUCGUAGGCAUGCUAUGCUCUUCGUGCAUCCUUAGAAGUAAAGACUGCUGGUGUGAAUUGCAAUGUAUUUAGCGUAGCGGCUAUCUGGGAGCCUGCACAAGGACACGAGAGGAAUCUGGGAGAGUUGUGCUGUGUCUGUGCAAAUACACUUUCCCCUUAUUACUCUUCCCCCAACUUUUUAUAGUUGUCUCUUGAAUGUCGGAAUGUCUGCGUGAUGAAACGGCGAGCACUUUCUUUUUCGUUUGCCUGAAUAUAUGGGUAUUUAGUUGUUUUAUUUAUUGCUUCUGUACGUUUGCCUGCAAAGAGGUCCGAUAGCACAAAAGGGCCAUUAAUGUGCAGAGCAAUGCAAGAUUGUUCUUAAAGAGGCAGAGGUUGUUUCAUACUGUUGUAUACCUUGAGAAAGCCACCUCUAGGAUUCAUUAUAACCAAGUCAUACAAGUCGCAUAUAAACAUGAUCUUCCAUUCAUAGCAGGAAGGUUUUAUAUCUUUGCACAAUCAUUAGAAGAGUUGCGGUAUUGAUAGUGAGCUCGUGGUACAUGGCACUGUAAAAAGAAGGCAGUUUUUCUUUGCAGACACAAACUACUAGUGUUAUCCCAAGUGAGCAGCUGUGGUAUUACAUACACAUCUGUGUUUAAAAAAAAUAAUUUCGCUUAUAUACUUGCAUCUUUUGCACAACACUGGUUGUCAUAUGUUGGAUGAGGCGAUUAGGUUAGGAGAUGGUACCCAAAAGCUGCAGUUUUCUGCGUAUGUUUAUUUCUCAUUCAAUUUACCCUUGCCUAGUCCUUAAAAUGUUGCACUAGUUAGCUUCAUUUUUUCCCCUGUUGCGACUUCCAAAUGCUAUAGCUAAUUUCAUUGCUUACUGACUAUUAUGGGAAUGGUCAAUACUUGCCACUGACAUUUGUAGCACGAUAAAAAUUGUACUUUGGGUGUAGUCUUUUAUCUGGACAACAUUUUACUGGGCUUUUGUGGCAUACUUGCAUGUACAUACACGAUGAACAGCAGCUACGGCUGUGCAUCUAAACUGGAGAUAAGAGAUGACUGCAACAGAAUCGCACUUUGUCUCAAUUGCUUUGAAAAUUCUGAAUACUCGCCUUUUUGUUAUAACCUGUCAUGCGAGUAGCAGAAGCCUCUUCAGGUAGUCCACCCUAACAGACUGAACCAUGCUUCGGGCCGUUCUUUUAAUUGGUUGGAACAAAGAAAACUGAAGACAUUUGAAGCAGUGCCGUCAUGUACCUGGUGAACGCGGCAAACUACACUGUUUGCAACUUCACGCGGGAAAGAUUUUCAGUUGUGGGUUUAUUCAUGCAUACUGCAGCCUUGCUGUUCAUUUCGUCAUUUGUGAAAUAGGUUGUUCAGAGUUCCCAAGGACAAUUUGGAAUGAGAAGUGCACGUUUCAUUGCCAGCUGGGUACCAGAUCAAUAAAAAGAAUGUAAACAAUGGA